ACAUCGGCUGCCAAUUCAUGCGUCAUGACUUGAAGGUAGCGAGCGAGUACAUGCCUAUUGCGGCAACUUUGAGAAACUAACUUUGCAUGAAUUUACGCCCUACGGGCGAUUGGUCGCGGGUACUCCUGUUAGACGGAAUUGACUCACGACUUCAGUUCUACUGAAAUUGGACAGAAAGCAUAUUUUCUGCAGGGACUUCCACUCGCAGUAAAAACUCUUGAAUGUUGCGGGAUUUCUACCAACGAGAAACGGCUGCAGGUUUGAUAGAGACCUUCCCAACACUCAGUACUGCACUGUCUCCUCUCUUCUCCGCAUCAACCUGCUUAACUUCCCAGACUUUUCCACAACCCUGCACCCCGGAAAACCCAAAGCAACCAUGACCCAUAACGAAAGUCAGGCCAGCCUCGCUGCUCCCGCCACGAGUAAUGGGACAGGCUCAAAGGCCUCGUUUACCGUGAAAGCUGGUCUGGCACAGAUGCUCAAGGGUGGCGUCAUUAUGGACGUCACGGAUGCUUCACAAGCCCGUAUUGCUGAGGAAGCCGGAGCCUGUGCCGUCAUGGCUCUAGAACGUGUGCCGGCUGACAUCCGCGCCGAGGGUGGAGUGGCGCGCAUGUCGGACCCCGGCAUGAUCAAGGGAAUCCAGGAGGCCGUCACCAUCCCCGUCAUGGCUAAGGCUCGUAUUGGUCAUUUUGUCGAGUGCCAGAUCCUGGAGGCGUUGGGUGUUGACUACAUUGACGAGAGCGAAGUCCUCACGCCUGCUGACGACGCUUACCAUGUCGAGAAGUCCAACUUCGAGGUACCGUUUGUCUGUGGGUGCCGCAACUUGCCUGAGGCGCUUCGACGCAUUGCAGAGGGUGCUGCCAUGAUUCGAACCAAGGGCGAGGCAGGUACUGGCGAUGUGGUGGAGGCUGUGAAACACAUGCGACAGGUCAACCACGACAUCGCACGAGCCAAGGUGGCGCUGCAGGAGGGUGGUGACUUGGCCAUCAGGGCUUUGGCCAGAGAGUUUGAGUGCGACGCUGCGCUUCUGAAGCAGACUGCCGAGAUGGGUCGUCUACCUGUGGUCAACUUCGCUGCAGGUGGAGUGGCUACCCCUGCCGACGCUGCGUUGAUGAUGCAACUUGGUUGCGAUGGUGUAUUUGUGGGAAGCGGCAUCUUCAAGUCCGGUGAUGCGGCCAAGCGGGCGAAAGCUAUUGUCAGGGCCACUACUCAUUUCCGAGACGCCAAUGUGCUUGCCGAGUGUAGCGAGGGGUUGGGCGAGGCCAUGGUGGGCAUUUCGGUGAAUAGCAUGCGGCCCGAGCAAAAGAUGUCGGGCAGAGGAUGGUGAUGACGAAUUUAACGGAUCUGCGUGGUUGGUUGAAAGUGCGUGAGGUGUCCUCGACACACAGUAGUCAUUAGCUAAUUGAGCUUGAGUUUAUGGUGCUUAUUCAACCCACCGGCGAACUAUUUUCGAUGCGGUCCAAGGUCCAACAGCGGUGAGAGAGAUCAUGCCUACCGAGCCACUACUGGUAGCCCAUACCAUUCGAUCGCAGUAUUAGAGCAUAUUAAGCAAAGAGCCUCGGCCUGUUGAUGUGGAUGAAUGUAGUCGGGUAAUAUCCACGACAUCAUGACUCUUCGGCUUCGCAGCCGGUCGUUCCUCACGAGCCCC